AUGAAAGAAGCAAAUGGUGAAAGGAACGAAGCUUUGCUGGAAUUAAAUGAUGUUUAUGGAGAUGAUGAUGUUGAUGAAGAUGAUGAUAGUGAUGAAGACAACGACGAUAGUACUGAUGAUGAAGACAAAGACAGUGAUGACGACGAUGAUGAUAAAGAGGGCGAGGAUGACAAGGAUGAAGAAAAAGAAGAAUAUGAAUAUCCAAAAUUGAAAGCUGCAGAUUGUUACAAGUUUUCCACUGAAGUUGAAUUUGAAAACAGAUUCAAAAAUCAGCUCAUAAUUGACUGCAAGGAACAAUGUCUCAUCUUGGAGGAAGAGAAAAAGGAUCUCACUGCAAAGCUUGCUGCCGCCUCAGAGUCUCUAGGACUAUACCUUCAAAAGGAGAAAGACUAUCUCGAGGACAGAAGCAAUUGGUUCAUAAAGAGACAAAAUCUUUCUUUAAAGCUUGAUGAUACUCAAGCUUGUUUGGAAGAUAAUGUAAACGAGUCUCGCAAAUUGAGAGAAGAGAGAGAUGAUCUUUCUUCAAAGCUUUCAGCUCAAACUUCUUACGCUGAAUACUACCACAAGCUAUUUCAGGAGACGGAGGAGAAGAACAAAAAGCUCGCUGAGGAAAUGGAGGAAACGAAUAGAAAAUUGGAGGAAGAAGAGAAUGAUCUUGUUGCUAAGCUUUGUGCAGCAAAAGCAAGGCAGAACUCUAUCGUAGCUAUUUACAUGAUUGCGAAUUUUUGA